UUGGUGACUGGUAUUUUGGAGGCCUUACUCUUUUUCAUUUUCUGAUAGGUAGAGAGAUGCCUGGACAUUGGAAGCUCCCUGCAGCAUGCUGAGGAGACGUAACCUUCUUACCACACUCCUGAUUGCCUUACCAUGGGCUCUUCUCCUAACCUUGUGGCACCAGUACCCAACCACUGACUACCUCAGCCUGCUGAGAAAAGAGACAGAUGAGAAUGUGACCUCUAAAGUUCUCCUUAAUGGUACAUCUACAAAGAGAGAAGUAGGCUUCCCAUCAUGCACUCGGCAGCAGCAAAGCAUAGGGGCAAUGCCUAAAAUCAUCCAGAAUUAUGUGUACUCCAGGCCUCCCCCAUGGUCAGACACCCUGCCAACCAUCUUUGUUAUCACCCCUACCUACACCCGGCCAGUGCAAAAAGCUGAGCUGACCCGUCUGGCCAACACCUUCCUCCAUGUUCAGAACCUGCACUGGGUGGUGGUGGAAGACUCUCCACGGAGGACCAACCUUGUAUCCAACCUGCUGGAGAAGGCUGGGCUCAACUUCACCCACCUCAACGUGGAAACACCCAAGAGCCUGAAGCUGGGUCUGUCCUGGAUCCCAUCCCACACCCCAAGGGGUACACUGCAGAGGAACCUGGGGCUGCACUGGCUGAGGGACAGCUUCAGCAACACCGCACCACCAGAAGGCGUAGUCUAUUUUGCUGAUGAUGAUAACACCUACAGCCUGGAGCUCUUUGAGGAGAUGCGCUACACAAGGCGGGUCUCAGUCUGGCCAGUGGCUUUUGUCGGGGGGCUGCGAUAUGAAUCCCCAAAAGUGAACCCAGCAGGGAAGGUGGUGGGCUGGAAAACCGUCUUUGACCCUAAUCGUCCAUUUGCUAUUGACAUGGCCGGAUUUGCUAUCAGCAUCAAGUUGAUUUUGGAGAAGCCUCAUGCCAGUUUCAAGCUGGAGGGAGUUAAAGGAGGCUACCAGGAAACCAGUCUGCUGAAGGAUUUAGUGACUAUGGACGGCCUGGAGCCCAAAGCAGCUAACUGCACAAAGGUGUUGGUCUGGCACACAAGAACUGAGAGGCCCACUCUGGUUAAUGAAGGCAAGCGUGGGUUUACAGACCACAGAGUAGAGGUGUAAGCAGAGACCCAGCUCCAGGGUAGGCAGAGUGCUGUGAUUGUUUCUGAAGUUCAUCAGCAACCAUAGUAACUGUGCACCCUGCCUGUCCUGCCCAGCGCUCU